AUGGAAGAACAAUCUAUUACAAGUGAUGACAAAAAUUUUCAAAAUGAAAAAUUUUCAUCUAGUUCUAUUGAUGCUUCACUUGUAAGGCCACCAUUCCCUCCCCGGAUAACGUCAUCAGAUCUUGUAUCCAACAAAAAGAAUGGUGACAUGCCAUCUAGAAGCCCCAAUGCGUUUAUGAUUUAUCGUAAACUAUUUGUGGAUUCACUCCACAAUGAGGGGCAUUAUUUAAGCAUGACGUCUGCCUCUUCCUUGGCGUCCGCCUCCUGGGGGACGGAGCGAGAGUCGGUGAAAGCAGAAUAUAAACGGUUGGCUGAUGAAGCAAAAAGUCAACACUUAAAAUUAUUUUCUAAUAAGAUUAUUAGAAAAAAGAGAAAUAGAAAAAACAGAAACACGGCGAAUCAAACAACGUCGUGGUUUAAUCUUAUUCCUAAAAUUCCAGAGACUCCGGAACUUAAUUUAGAAAAUAAUUUCGAUUUUACAGCAAUAAAUCUUGAAUUAUAUAAUCAAGAUUUAUAUUAUUAUAAUGAUAAUGGCAAUUUACUCAUACAAGCUCAAAUAUAUGAACAAAUUCAGCAGCAACCAGAUUAUUAUUCCAAUUAUUCCAAUUAUUUUAACCCUUGGCCUUUUCAAUAA